CAUGCAGGAGACGGUGUUUGACUUCUGGGGGAUGGUGUGGCAGGAGAACACUGUUGUCAUCGUCAUGGUCACCAACCUGGUUGAAGUGGGCAGGGUGAAAUGCUGUAAGUACUGGCCGGACGACACAGAGAUCUACAGAGACAUCAAGGUGACCCUCAUAGAGACGCAGCUACUGUCAGAGUACGUCAUACGGACCUUCGCUGUCGAGAAGAGAGGAGCCCAUGAGAUCCGCGAGAUCCGUCAGUUCCACUUCACAGGGUGGCCGGACCACGGGGUGCCCUACCACGCCACUGGCCUCCUGGGCUUUGUCCGUAGGGUCAAGGCCAAGACACUCAGCAACGCUGGGCCCAUGGUCAUCCACUGCAGCGCGGGGGCGGGCCGAACAGGCUGUUUCAUAGUGAUUGACAUCAUGCUGGACAUGGCAGAGAGAGAGGGCGUGGUGGACAUCUAUAACUGUGUCAGAGAGCUGCGCUCCAGGAGAGUCAACAUGGUGCAGACUGAGGAGCAAUAUGUCUUCAUCCACGACGCCAUCUUGGAGGCGUGUCUUUGUGGUGACACCACCAUUCCAGCCAAUCAGCUGCGCUCGGUCUACUAUGAAAUGAACCGAUUGGACCCCCAGACCAACUCCUCCCAGAUCAAAGAGGAGUUCCGGACUCUGAACAUGGUGACUCCGACGUUGCGGGUGGAGGACUGUAGUAUCGCCCUGCUCCCCAGGAACCACGAGAAGAACCGCUGUAUGGAUGUCCUUCCUCCUGACCGCUGUCUGCCCUUCCUCAUCACCAUCGACGGAGAGAGCUCCAACUACAUCAACGCUGCUCUUAUGGACAGUUAUAAGCAGCCAUCAGCGUUCAUCGUGACCCAGCAUCCUCUACCCAACACAGUGAAGGAUUUCUGGAGGCUGGUGUUGGACUACCACUGCACCUCCAUAGUGAUGCUUAAUGACGUCGACCCAGCACAGCUCUGUCCUCAGUACUGGCCAGAGAACGGCGUGCAUCGCCAUGGGCCAAUCCAAGUGGAGUUUGUCUCAGCUGAUCUGGAGGAGGACAUAAUCAGUAGAAUAUUCCGGAUCUACAACGCAGCACGGCCUCAGGACGGGUACCGUAUGGUGCAGCAGUUCCAGUUCCUGGGUUGGCCAAUGUACCGAGACACUCCCAUGUCCAAACGCUCCUUCCUCAAGCUCAUCAGACAGGUGGACAAAUGGCAGGAGGAGUAUGAUGGAGGAGAGGGACGCACUGUGGUGCACUGUCUUAACGGAGGAGGUCGCAGUGGGACGUUCUGUGCCAUCAGCAUCGUGUGUGAGAUGUUGCAACAUCAACGUUCUGUAGACGUUUUCCACGCCGUCAAAACACUGAGGAACAACAAACCCAACAUGGUCGACCUACUGGAUCAGUACAAGUUCUGCUAUGAAGUGGCUCUGGAGUACUAGAACUGUGGAUAAACAACAGUCUCAACCUGGACGCAGAACUAUGAAC